AUGGCCCGGGGGCCCUGUUUUCUGGGGGUGAAGGAGCUACUUGGCUCCGGUCCUCGGGACCACUCCAGGCAUGGUCUAGCGGCCCAGACAAGGACGUGGAACCAGCCCCCAGAGUUUCUGGUCCCGGACGUCUCCGCCUCCGCUUGGCCUUGGGCCCGGUCUCGGAAUACAGUCACAUUCCCGGGUGAAUUCGGGUCACACGGGUCUAGAGCAGCGGCUGUCCCGUCCUGCUCGCGCUGGUCCUCCCUGGCCACACACCGCAUUACGCCGUCCCCUGUGAGGACGUCAGGGGCGGGGGAAGCGAGGGAAGCAGGUGCAGACGAAGCCACCCGAGGUGCCGCUCGCUGUGCGCGUGGGGGGGAGGCCCGUGUUCUCCACCCUCCGGAUGCUGGCCGGGAGACCUCCCCAGUUCAUGAGGAGCAUGGAAAAGAAGGUUUAACAGCAGCUGAACUGAUGAGGGAAAUGGAAGAUGAGCCCUUUUUCAAGCACAGACACAGAGAGGUGGGGCUGCCUUGGAGAAGCCACCCAGUGAGUCACCCCACCCUGGGAGUCGCAGGCGACCUGCCGGGCCACCGGCCUAAAAGUUCUGCAGUCCAGAGUUUGCCGUUCAGAAGUCCUGAGUGACAGGAUAUGGAGGAGGCCGGGAGGGCGGCUCAGUCGGUUAAGCGUCUGACUUCGGCUCAGGUCACGAUCUCGCGGUC